AUUGAAAGCGCGGAAUCCUAGUCCCCGUCGUCGACAAGCUGUCCUGUCCCGUGUACCUCCGUUCUGGACCGUCGUCGGCCGUCAACACCGUCCGCCGCCUCACGGCGGCGAUUCUACAUAUUGCGUUACAUCACUCCCAAUAUUGACAUAAUUUAGCUAAUUGAAUUAGGACCAUCGACCGCCACCGAAAAGAAGCGGAGGAACUGCUGAACUCCGUCAGCGUAUUCGUCCGUCGGGUGUCAACCGGUCAGCAACGGGUCGCUGUGCGCUACUUUUUUUUUUGUUUUGACCAAAAAAGGACAUUUGGACCAUUUUGCUGGAAUUUCGGGAGUAAUUUGGAUAACUGAGGUGUUUUGGGCUACCGGAUUAUCGGAUGAUUGGAGGAAAGUGCUCGCUAGUGGUGUAAGCUGAGCAGUAGCUUAAGAAAAGUGAAUCUAGAACAGUCUAAUUCGAUUAAGAGAGUGAUGUAACCUUGAAAAUAUUUAAAAGUUGAAAUUUUGUUCAGUGCUUCCAAGAAAUACUUCCUAAGCUCAGGACACUACGUGCCUUCGACGGUGGUCCAAAGGAUACAGUGUCUAAAAUGUAGAUCUUUAUGCAUCUGAGCCUCAGGAAUACAGUGAACUUCGAUACAAAUCGAUAUCUAACGUACCACUAACUGGAGGAAACUUGAAUGGAUUCAAAAUCCCUCCGAGUUGUGUUUCGAUGAAACAGAAGCAAUAGGAUAGCCGUAAGUGCCGAAGAAACCCUCAAACGUCAAUUGUGAUCAAACCGUGUGAUCAUGAAGAAAACCACCGAAUCCAGGGAGAACCUGGUGAACUCAUCGGCAUCGCUGGCGAAUACCGAGGAUGGUCGUGCCGGGGGUGGCGGAGGAGAUGCAGGUGCCGAUGGAAAAUCGAUCUGCAGUGCCGUGUCGGAGUUCGAUCGGGACAUCCCCGAGGUGAUACUGACCAAAACGGAGAAGAAGUUUCUGCUGAGCGCCGAACGGGGUGAUUGCGCAACCGUGCGACGCAUAAUCCAGGAAAACAAAGGCGAUCCGGACGAGUUCGACAUCAACUGUGUGGACCCACUGAAUCGUUCCGCCUUGAUAGCAGCCAUCGAAAAUGAAAACAUCGAGCUCAUCCGGUUAUUACUUACCGAGGGAAUCAAAGUUCAGGAUGCACUGCUGCACGCCAUCAAGGAAGAGUACGUGGAGGCGGUGGAAACGCUGCUCCUUUGGGAGGAGGAAAAUCACAUACCCGGUCAGCCCUACAGCUGGGAAGCCGUGGACCGGUCGUCGUCUUCCUUCACCGCCGAUAUCACACCGCUCAUCCUGGCCGCUCACAAAAACAACUACGAGAUUCUGAAAAUCCUGCUGGAUCGAGGGGCGACCCUGCCGAUGCCGCACGACGUUCGCUGCGGAUGCGACGAGUGUGUAACAUCCAGCGAGCAGGACUCCCUUCGCCACUCCCAGUCACGCAUCAACGCCUACCGGGCGUUGUCGUCCAGUUCGCUGAUAGCGCUGAGCUCCAAGGAUCCGAUCUCGACUGCGUUUCAUCUGUCGUGGGAACUGAGGAGGCUGAGCCGGACCGAGUCCGAGUUUCGGGCGGAGUACACGGUAAGACUGGGAAAUGUACUAACUGUGAUCAGAGCCGUGGCGUGGUCCCAUGGCGCCCUUGGCUAGCAUUCAGGUUGGCGC